AUGAAAGCCUGCUGGGUGCCAGGGGUGGCCCUCUGCCUCCUGCUGGGACCUCUGGUGGGGGCCAAGCCAGUGCAGGAGGAAGGAGACCCCUAUGCUGAGCUGCCUGCCAUGCCCUACUGGCCUUUCUCCACCUCUGACUUCUGGAACUACGUGCAAUACUUCCAGACGCUGGGGGCCUACCCCCAGCUGGAGGAUAUGGCCCGCACCUUCUUCGCUCACUUCCCCCUGGGGACCACGCUGGGCUUCCAUGUCCCCUACCAGCAGGACUGA